UAUGUACAUUAUACAAUCUAAUUUUAAAAUUUUAUCGAAAUUGUAAUAAAUUUUGGAUAAAAUUGCAAUGAAAAAUCACAGCUAGAUACUCCUGUACUGACGAAUUAAUGGCAUUUAAAUUUUAAAAAUCCAUAUAUCAUUAAUAUCGUUUUAUUAUAAGUUAAUUUUUUCAUAAAAUUUUGUUGAAAUUUUAAUGAAAUUACUAAUUAAAAUUUUCCUAAACAUGAAAUUCAACAAAGUGUCAUCGAAAUUUCAUUAACAUUUUUUUCAGCAAUUAGUAUUUAUUUAAACUUUUUUUCUUUUUUACAUAGUGUAUUAAAAUAUUUUCAAAAUAUGUGAGUAUAAUACUUGUAAUUUUUAUGAAACAAAUAUUAAUAAUACACAAAAUAGAAACUUUUUACGUAUGUUGAAAGGUUUCUGUAUCUAUCUAUAAACAACUCCAUCAACUUCAGAUAAUUGUUUAUUCGUGACAGAUCUUGAAAACUGAAUGGAUUACUUUUAUUAUUAGGCCAUCCUUACACAUGUGAAAUAUGAAUUCAAUAUUUCAUUAUAAUAUGAUUGAUCUAUGAUUAAUCCGUCUGUUCUCUCAUCACACACCAAAAUGUGCAAAGUCAGACAUCUUUAGAAUAUAAUUCUAAUUAUUAGAAAUCUCCAGUUGCAUGUUUAUUAUGUUUCCCUGUAAACGCGAUAUCCUGCAACCGAGUAACAACGUAAAUCAGAACAGUGGAUUAUCGUCGUAUGGCGAUUAUAUCAUUAUAUCGACCGCGUUUCUCUCAGCUCGUACGAGUACAGUGAUUCGCUCUCGAAAGUUGUCGCCUCGUUUGAGUGUGUGAACUCAAGGAGGGAGAGGAAGAAAGAGAGAGAGAGAGAGAGAGAGAGAGAGAGACUUGAAUUGCGCCUCGGUUCCCUCGGUUUCUUUCCUCGGGCAACCCGAUCGUUAAUUACAAUACGCAAUUUAACUAUUCUCCAUGCACAAAUUUUUUUUUUAGCAGGAAAGAAAGUCCUCCGAAUUCAAAUAAUAUCCUGCGAAAGCUUUGUCUUCUGGUCUGCCACGAGAGAAAGUUUCUCACCUUCUUCCUUUUUAAUCGAUUCGCUUCGCUAAUUUUUUUUACUGCAGCUCUCAACGGAUUACAAGGAUUUCUUUCAGUCGAUUUCCAUUUGAGCCUCUCGAAAUGAAAGGAAAAUCUCAUUUAUUUAUUUUCAUCGCAAUGCCAAUUGAAGUUUCAAAACCGUUCAAGAAGUAUUUGCCCACUUAAUUUGUCUUUCUUAAUUAAAUGAGUGAAAAUUUUGAAGAAGAGUGAAUUUUUAUCUUCCUCUCUAAUCUUCUAGAUACCGAACUUAAUAAUAAUUUUUAAAAUGUUGCAUUCUAUUAUAUAUAAAAGGGACAUAGUAGAAUCUCAACAUAGAAUAAAAUAGAAAAAAAAGAUACAUAUACAAAACUCAGAGAAAAAUAAAUAUUUGUGAGUUAUAUUGAAAAUAAGAUAGCAGUCGCAGUAUCUUCUUUAAACAUAUAAAUCCUUAAAGUUUUCAAGAAGAUCCACGAGGAAAAAGAAGAUGAAUCUUCGCUCAUUAAAAUCUCGCGUCGAGAUUCCACUCCAUAGAUUACGAUCUUAAAUGCGCCUCGUGGUCGUUCUUCAACAUCUGCUAGGCCGCAUCACUCGCUUUUCCCCUCUACCGCGUUCUAUUCAACGAUCACUUUCUUCGAGACGCUUCGUACCGAAGGAUCCGCUCUUCGCUACGCGCUAAUCCUACUCGAGGAUCGAUCGGCGUCGCCGAGGCCAGUCAGGCUAUGCGGAUCCAUAGAUCAUAGUGAUCGGCGUGGUGAGAUCCAGCGCGGAUAUCCCUGAUUUCGCUGGUGAUGUGUCGUCUUCGCGGUGAUCUACUCGUCCUGCUGGUGGUCCUUCUGGCAGAGGCCCAGUGCGCCAUGAUAAGAAUCAUCCGAGAGGAUCAUUUUAAGUGCGGAUGCCCAGCGGCGUCGCAGCGACAGCCGCGAUCGAUUGUCUCGUCGAAGGUCCAGCCUUCGGGGGACGGGGUCGCCUCGUUUUCGACGACCACCACCACCACCGGCCGCAUCUUUAACGGCAAGCCCAGCCGGAGGGGCGCGUGGCCCUGGCAGGUGUCCCUUCAGCUGUUGCACCCGAAACUGGGCUUCAUCGGUCACUGGUGCGGCGGUGUGCUGAUCGACCCCAAGUGGGUGAUCACCGCCGCCCACUGCAUUCACAAUGAGCUGUUCAAUUUACCCAUUGGUGCACUAUGGACGGCGGUGGUCGGCGAAUGGGAAUUGGACUCAGGAGGACGCGGAUCCGCACGUCUGCCCGUCGAGAAAGUGAUUCUUCACGAGAGAUUCAAUAAUUACGUGCACGACAUAGCCCUGAUGAAACUCGCCAGGCCGGCACCGCUGUCCAAGGUCGUCCGCACGAUCUGCCUGCCUGGACCCGGUCAGGAUCUCACCGGAGGGCAGUGUGUGACCUCGGGUUGGGGUCGAUACGGGCCUUCGCCCUCGCUCUCGACCGCCCUUCUGGAGGCGAGCGUGCCGCUUCUGGAUCUGGAGGAGUGCCUGCAGGCCUACGGUACCUCGGUGCCCAUCAGGAAGGGCCACCUCUGCGCCGGUCAGAUCGACGGCUCCUCUGGAAGCUGCGUGGGUGACUCCGGAGGGCCUCUGCAGUGUCGUCGCACCGACGGCGUUUGGCAGCUGGUCGGUGUCACAUCUUUCGGAUCCGGCUGCGCCAGACCGGGCUAUCCUGAUGUAUACACCAAGAUACAGCAUUACCUGCACUGGAUCAACAAGACAAUCGACGCCAAUAACGACGACGAGCUGCGGUGAAAUUCGCUCGCGUGUAAAUAAUAAUGAUGUAAAUAUGCUAUUGUACAGCGCUAGUUCCUUUUUGCAUUUGUAUAUAGUGUAUUACACUCGUAUUCUUUGUAUAUUGUACAAGCUAGAUUGUACUGCACAUAGAAACUGUCUAUAUUUAUUUUAUAUUUCAAGACUGUGUACGUACACUGAGAAAAAAUGUUGUUAACUUGACAAGAUUUUUUCAACUAAAUUAAAUUUCUUCGG